AGAAGAGCGGUAUAAAUGCACACGGAGGGCGAGUCUCAUCACCAGUGCCUCGGCAGCUGCACCGCAACCUCCACCGCUUCCCGCAUCAACAUGCUCUUCAAGGUCAUAGUGGCACUCGCACUCGUGGGCGUGGCUAUCUCAGUGCCCGUCAGCCAGUACAACCAACCCUCAUAUGAUGAACCGAUACCAUACAAGUAUACGUACAACGUGAGGGAUGAAUACGCAGGCGCAGACUUUGGCCAUAACGAAGACUCCGACGGCCACAACGCCCAGGGCUCCUUCUACGUCCAGCUCCCCGACGGUCGCAGGCAAACAGUGACCUACGAGGCCGACCACCAGCGAGGCUUCGUGGCCAACGUGCAGUACGAGGGCGAGGCGCAGUACCCCCAGAGCUACGGCCCCGCAGUCACCUUCAAGCCCUCGCAGCAGAAUGGCUACCAGCCUCCCGCACCCGCCCCUUACCAAUGAUAUCUUCUGUGAAAACUCAUUGUUGUUGUGUUCAUUGUGUUCUGGAGUGUUCAUUAAAGUCUUGUUGAUUAAG